AUGGCGCGGAACGCGCGCUCUCAGUCCGCAACGCCCUCCACCAACGGCCGCGCCUCGCCCGCAGAAUCCGUGACAUCGACCGGCACGUCGCGCGCGCGCUCUCCAGCGUCGUCGCAGUAUGGCGGGACUAAGCGCAAAGAAAGAGACUUCGAAGUAGAGGGCGGUGAAGAGACGAACAUCAAUGUUGUUGUACGGUGUAGAGGGCGCAGUGAUCGCGAAGUGCGCGAGAACAGCGGCGUGGUCGUCUCCACUGAGGGCACCAAGGGGAAGAGUGUUGAGCUCUCGAUGGGACCGAGCGCGCUCAGCAACAAAACGUACCACUUCGACAAGGUCUUUUCGCCGGCUGCAGAUCAAGGGAUGAUAUUUGACGGAGUGGUUGCGCCGAUACUCGACGAGGUGUUUGCGGGCUUCAACUGCACCAUCUUCGCGUAUGGCCAGACGGGCACGGGCAAGACGUACACAAUGUCCGGCGAUAUCUCAUCCGUCCUCCCUCUACCUGACGCUGCAGGUAUAAUACCGCGCGUCCUACACUCCUUGUUCGAAAAACUCGGCGAUGAAGAGUCAGAGAACUCAGUCAAAUGCUCCUUCAUCGAGCUUUACAACGAAGAGCUGCGAGAUUUGCUGUCUCAAGAUGACAACGUUAAGCUCAAGAUUUUCGACGACAGUACCAAGAAGGGCGGCAGCUCGACGCUCGUGCAAGGGAUGGAGGAGUCUCAUAUCAAAUCGGCGUCAAAGGGUAUCCAGCUUCUUCGCGAAGGCAGUCACAAGCGACAGGUUGCAGCCACCAAAUGCAACGACCUGAGUUCCCGAAGUCAUACAGUUUUCACUAUCACUGUGUACCUCAAGCGAACCUCUGAUACCGGAGAGGACUUUGUGAGCGCCGGCAAGCUCAACUUAGUCGAUCUAGCGGGUAGCGAGAACAUUCAACGCAGUGGAGCGGAAAACAAACGCGCUGCGGAAGCUGGUCUGAUCAACAAGAGCUUACUGACCCUUGGACGAGUUAUCAAUGCCCUCGUCGAUAAGAGCUCGCACAUCCCAUACAGGGAAUCAAAAUUGACGCGGCUGUUGCAAGAUUCUCUCGGUGGCCGGACGAAAACCUGCAUCAUUGCUACGCUAUCACCAGCCAAGUCCAAUCUGGAAGAGACCAUCUCAACUCUGGACUAUGCCUUCCGAGCAAAGAACAUUCGUAAUAAGCCGCAGGUCAACCAGAUGGUCUCCAAAAAGACGCUGCUCAAGGAGUUUACUGCCGAGAUUGAAAAGCUGAAGAGCGAGUUGAUUGCUACGAGACAGCGAAAUGGAGUGUAUCUGACAGCGGAAUCGUACGAAGAGAUUACAACCCAGAGCGAGUCAAGAAGGAUCUUAAGCGAGGAACAGCGCGACAAGAUAGAAACCAUGGAGACCAAUCUGCGGAACAAGGUUCAGGAGCUGUUCUCGCUCACCAGUAACUUCAACGUUCUCAAGAAAGACAAUGAAGCGACGAAGAUGGUGCUUGAUGGGACGAAGAGCUUGCUGGAGAAGACCGAAGUGGUACUCUCACACACGCGGCAGAGUUUGUCCGAGGAAACCACGCUGCGAAAAGCGCACGAGCACACAGAAGAUAAGCUCACAUCCAUCGGUCAGGAUCUCAUCUCCAGUCUAGGCAGGACAACAACAGAUAUCGACGGCCUACACUCCAAGAUUCGGCGGAAAUCAGAUAUGCAAUCUGUCAAUCGAGGACGGUGGAGUUCUUCCCAGGCACAGGUCUCCGAUACUACUCUCCUGGUCGAAGACCGGAUUCAGAUGCUCCAGUCGCAGCAGGAACAUCUUAUGACAAGUCUCGCCUCACGAAUGCAGAGCUUCGUUCAAGAUGAGCUACAGAAGCUUCACGCUUCACAGUCGUUCUUGCAGGAUAAGGUUCAGGCUUUUCAGAAAUCCGAGACGGAGGUGAACGAGCAAACUGCACAAGCACGAGACGAUAUGAAUGAGGUUUUAGAGGAGAUCAAGACUCUGCGGCAAGACGUGAAGGAGAAAGUUGGGGCUGGGCUGAAUGAUCUCUCGGGCGCCGCUCAGAGGAUCUCUGCUAGUAUCAUGACAGAGCUAGACGCUUUCCAGACACAGAUUCAUUCCUCUUACGCUUCACUUGGACGAGACUUUAAGAGCACCUUUGAUGAUCUAGUCAAAAGACUAAACCAACAGCAAGACGAGGCGAAUUCACUCCGGCAGCAGAUACUUAUAGCAAACCAGGAGCUCGUUGCCGCGAAUCAGCGAACGCAAGAUCAUCUAAUCGGGUUCAUGGCACACGAAAAAGAGUCUGCCGAGAAGGAGCGUCAAACCUUGCUCACACAGAUCACCACACUCAUCAAAGCAGCUGUAGAUGGUCAAGAGAGCAGGAUAGACGGCCAGCUUCGCGCGCUUGGUGGAAGCAUAGGGUCAGCCAAUGUGGAUCACGCGAAGGCUCAGGAGACUUACUGCCAGGGGAUGAACGACUGGACCAACAAAUCCAAGGACAUCGUCGGCGGCAUCCUGAAGUCUCGAGAUAACGUGAAAACCAAGAUCAAGGCGGACUUUGCAUCUGCCAACAACCACACCACCUCCCUCCGCCAGAACACUACCUCCGUGCACGACAACACCGUCCGCAUCGUAGCCGACCAAAUGUCGCACAUGGACACGCAGCUCCAGUCUCUCGACCAUAUCGUGGCUCGGGUCCGCGCCCAGAACGAUGCUCACCACGCCGCUCAUGUCUCCUCCCUCUCCUCCCUCUCCUCCGCCGUGCAAACCUCCUAUACAGGCGUGGGCGACCACUUCACGACCUCCUUCUCCCGCAUCCAGGACCUAGGCACCGACAUGGAAGCCCGUACAGGCCAGCUCCACUCCACUCUUCCCGCCCUAUCCGCCGACGCAGACAUCCGGCAACCCCUCCGCAGUCUCCGCGAAGACAUCGCUCACCAAGCUCUCAUGGAGUACCAGCCCACAGGCGAGACGCCCCAGCGGACCCAAUACGCCUUUCCUCUGUCCCUGCCGCGAACGGAAAGCCACGAUGUCCUGAUCUCCCGCCUCCGCGGGCGCUCGAAUUCUGCUACAGAGCCAUCCCGCAGUCCCACCAAAGGCACCGUCUUCACCGACGCCCGAUCUGCCGUUGCUGCAGACGAGGACGAGGACGAGGACGAGGACGAGGACGCCGUAUCCCUCCUUCCCGCCCCACCAAACCAAUCGCGCCCCCAGAGCUCCUCCGCCAGCCAAGCAUCCGUCCCAAACAGCCUCCGCGAACUCGACGUCAACGCUCUCCCAACCGCCGCCGCCGCCGCCGCCGCCGCCGCCGCGACAACCCAAAGCUCCCCCACCGCUUCCGCGCCCAAGACGCCCGUCGCAGCCGCCAUCGCGCCACCGCUCCUCAAACGCGGGACCACGGUUCCCGGACCGGAGAAGGAGAGCAGGCUGCCGACGAAGAAGGCGGGCAGGAUGACUGUCGCGGGGAUUGGAGGCGUGGAUAGGGAGAAUUUGCCGCUUGGGGGCGAGUUGGGGAAGUCGGUGGGGCCGGGGGCGGGGCUGGGGGUUGGGAGGAGGCUGAGGAGUCAGGGGGGAACGUAG